AUGUUUAUGUUGUAUCUUCAGGUUAAGGGCCAGGGCCAGACCCGUGACAUUGAGUUCGUUAAGACCAAGGCUCUCAUCUACUGUGCGCAGGCAAAUGGUGCCAAAUUACAUGGCUGCCCGCUAAUUACCUCGGCCACGUACAGGCCAUAUUCCCACAGGAAUUCGGAGCUCCCCUCUGCCGCGUCGAGGUUGGAGCAAGACAAGAUUUCGUCCUGGAUGCGAAUGCACCACCAGCGUCGCCCCGAAAGCUGGUCGACCCUGGAGAUGCGCCAUGUCGGUAUCGGCGGACAUUUUACAAAAAUAGUGCUGCCCGCCACAGUUACCGUCGCCGACCUGGCUUACGUUAAUUUUGCACCCGAUAUGACGGCCCCUACCGCGUGGGCCCCUGAGAACGGCUUUUAG